CAGUUAUAAAAACCCGACAAAAUUGUUAUCUCGUUCCAAAACUAAAUCAUCGCACUUAUAGAAGCGACUUGGACAAGAUAAACUUAAGGUUAGAAGAAUACUUGAAGUACCAGAGAAAGAGAGAACACUGACCAUAACGAAAACGAGAGUAUUUGGAGAUGUCUUAUGCAACAGUAGCUGUUCUUCUUGGGCUGAGCGGUUUUGUAUUGGUGCAUGGUGAAACAACAAGCGCCAAACUCGAGCAGCAGUGGGAUUCAGGGUUCAAGAUGAACAUUCGAAUACAACUCCUUGAAAAAGUAACCGGAGGAUGGAAAAUGACUAUAAGAUUCACCCAACCAGCUCCAGGGCUCCAGAUAUGGAGAGCAAAAAUUUUAUCAGUGUCCAACAAUGCAAAGGUUUAUAAACUGAAGAACAUGCCAUGGAAUUCUGACUUGGGAAAGUGCUCUAUUUUGGAAAUGGCGUUUCUAGCAAGUAAGUCGAUAAAUGGGAAGCCAGUACCAGAUGCAUUUGUGAAGUUUCGAAGAAACACUCAUGUAGAGUUGAACGCAGCAGCAUGCUCAAUGACAACAUCGCCACCAAUAACCAUAGCUUCAACAACCACAGCAUCCCCGACAACCACCAUGCCAACAACCCAGCCAAACAAGCCUACGACUAACGCUCCAUCGACAUCCACAGCCUUUCCAUCCAGUUCUUCACAACCAACGACACAUCAAACAACCAUGUCUCCAUCAACUGUUCAAAGGAAAACCAAGACUCUAAAGCCAACUACAAGCUCAGUCACAAGCACACCAACGACUUCCACUGCUACAACAUCACCAUCCCCGUACAAUUACAGCAAGGUUUUACAUGCAUCAAUAUUAUUCUACGAGGCACAACGAUCUGGGAAACUCCCUGCUACAAAUAGAAUUCCAUGGAGAGGUGACUCCGCUCUUUCAGACCGUGGAAAUAAUGGAGAAGACUUGACUGGUGGAUGGUAUGACGCUGGAGACUUCGUCAAGUUUGGUUUUCCUAUGGCGUCUAGUGUAACUGUAUUAGCCUGGGGACUCGUGGAGUACAGAAAUGCCUACCAAGCGGCAGGAGAAUUGGAUAAUGCGUUGGACUCUAUAAAGUGGGCAACUGAUUACUUUAUCAAGGCCCAUACUGCAAAGUUUGAAUUCUAUGGACAGGUAGGCGAUGGUAACGUUGACCACGGGUAUUGGGGCCGUCCCGAAGACAUGAACAUGAAGCGUCCUGCAUUCAAGAUCACCCGAAGCAAACCAGGCUCAGAACUAGCAGCAGAAACAGCCGCUGCUCUCGCCGCAACAUCUAUUGCCUUUGCGCAWACCAACCAAGGCUAUGCUAGUACUUUGGUGAAGCAUGCUGAGGAACUGUACGAGUUUGYUGACAAGUAUAGGGGAAAAUACAGCGAUUCYAUUCCAAAUGCUGCAUCCUUCUACARGUCGCACAGUGGRUUCAACGAUGAGCURGUGUGGGGAGCCGCCUGGUUGUACAAAGCUACCAAGAAGCAAGCAUAUCUUGAAAAAGCUGAACGAUACUACACCCAAUAUGGCAURAACAGUAAGCCUUGGGCUUUUUCAUGGGAUGACAAGAAGGCUGGAGCACAAGUAUUAUUGGCAGAGAUAACAGRCAAGGCAACCUAUAAGAAAGACGCCCAGACAUUCCUAGACAGUUGKUUACCAGGUGGAGACGUUMAAUAUACACCCAAAGGGCUUGCAUGGCGAGACACAUGGGGUCCCAACCGCUACUCUGCAAAUACAGCUUUCCUAGCUCUAGUUGCUGCUGACCUGGGAAUAAAACCAGAAGCAUACCGCAACUUUGCAAGAAAGCAGAUUCAUUACAUGCUUGGAGAUAGUGGACGCAGCUUUGUCGUUGGGUUUGGCGUUAACCCUCCCMUUCGACCUCAUCAUCGGUCCAGUUCCUGUCCAUCCAAACCCGCAUCGUGUACCUGGAAUGACUACAACAAACCUGGCCCCAACCCACAAACCCUUACAGGCGCAUUAGUAGGUGGUCCUGAUAACAACGAUCAGUAUGAAGAUAAGCGGUCCGACUACAUCAAGAACGAAGUGGCUACUGAUUAUAACGCAGGGUUUCAGUCUGCUGUAGCUGGUCUAAAGCUUCUUGCCAUGGGUGCAUGAACAUCCCAUUACUACAGAGGUUUUGACCAAUACUUCCGUAAUACAACUAAAAAAGCAGCUUAGUUUAGGCCCUACAGAUUAGCACCUUUUGAUUACUUCAUUACUUUUAUGGUCAAAUUAUUAUUAAAAGCUCUCAAUUCUUAUGCAAAA